AUGUCAAAGAAGCGUCAAGUCGAGGUUGCGGAGGAAAUAAUUCGGCGCGCCUCCGCCUACAUUCCCACCUUCGAGGACGUUUUCACAGAAGAAGGCUUCUACAUAUUCUUCUUCUGUCUCACAGUCACCACUUUCGUACUCGUCUUUACCUGCGCCUGGUUCUUCGACAUCACCAUCACCGACGCCGGUGACUUUGCUCCGCGCAGUCACCUAAAAAAACCGCGCAAGAAGAAGCUACCAACAGUUGACGCCUCACAUCGCUCUGCCUUGUCACCCCUGGGUCCACAAGAAGUGUAUCACCUGAUCGAAUGUCCCACUGGUUCGGUUGUUAAUUCCUCUAUCACAGAACGCGAGUUUGGAGGGAGUGCCAAAAGUCUACGCGGUUUCAUUAACCUCUUUCUCAACAGACAGCCACCCCUCACAGGUCCCUUCCUUCUGUGA